UUUAUUUCAAGUUACAUAAUAUAAAGUGAAAAAAAAAAAGAGAGAAAAAAGAAGAGGAAAAAAAGAUGAAUAUGGAGAUUGAGGAAGUGAUGAGUUGCCAAGCUUUGCCUCUACUUUCUUUGAACCAUGUUUCUUUGUUGGUGAAGGAUGUGUGGGAUUCUAAGAGGUUUUAUGAAGAUGUUUUGGGAUUUUGUCUUGUCAAACGCCCUUCUUCUUUCAACUUUCAUGGAGCCUGGCUUUACAAUUAUGGCAUUGGGAUUCACUUGCUUGAGAAUAAAACCAUAGAGGACUUGGACAUUAAUGAUGAACCACGUCCUAUUAAUCCUAAGGAUAACCACAUUUCCUUUCAGUGUACUGAUGUUGAUUUGGUGAAAAGGAGAUUAGAUGAGAUGGGAAUAAGGUAUGUGAUUGCAUUAGUAGAGGAAGAAGGGAUCAAAGUGGAUCAAGUAUUUUUGCAUGAUCCAGAUGGCUAUAUGAUUGAAAUGUGCAAUUGUGAUAACAUUCCAAUUGUGGCUAUUUCUUCAAGUUGUCACUUCAUAAAGCCCAAUAAAUUUGGAACUUACAAUGACAACAUAAUGAUGCCAAUUGCUACUCCAAAUUAUAGUUGUGGUUUUAUGGAAACUCUCAUGAUGGAGAACUUAAGCAUGGACAUGCUCAACUUUUCCUUCUAAAAUUCUAGUCAUGGGGGG